UUUUUUUCGCAAAAUUGGUAUUAAUUUUCUGUUAUUAUUUGUUACUCUUAAUUAAUCUAUUCUGUAUUUAUUAUUUGACUUAUGUUUUUAAAUAAUUAUUAUGGGUACAAGUGAUACCUAUUUAUGAUAUGACAAACCGUUUGCAGCUUACAUUGGCAAUUAUUAAGCCUCAUGUGGUGUCAUAUCCAUUUUCAUUAAAUGAUAUUAGAAGAAUAAUUAUUGAAAAUGAAUUCUAUGUUAUACGUUCUGUACGCCAGACUCUAUCUAAAAAACAAGUAGAACAGUUUUAUGAUGAACACAAAUCACGAUUUUUUUACAACAGACUUAUUACAUUUAUGACUAGUGGUCCAUCAGAGUCAUACAUUUUAGCUAAAGAUAACUCUAUUAUGCAUUGGCGAAAUUUAAUGGGCCCUACAAAAGUAUUUCAAAGCCUUAUAAGUCACCCGAAUUCUAUUAGAGCUAUACAUGGACUUACAGACACUAGAAACGCCACUCAUGGAUCAGACUCUGAUGAAUCUGUUCGCCGAGAAGUUGGAAUUAUAUUUCCUAAGUUUUCAUUUGAACACUGGGAGAUAAAUGAAAAACCGCAUUUUAUUAGAGGAAAUAUAAAAUUUAAUGAAAAACAAUUUUGUCAUAAAAUUAGUUAGUAAUUUUCUCAAAUCAUCUUUAUUGAUAAAGAAAACUAGAUUUUUAUAUAAAAUUAUUUCUUUUGUUGUUAAAAAUUAUCCACUAAACAUUUAUAUGUUAUUGAUUAUAUUGAUUGGUAAAAGUUACCUAGUAAAUAUUACUUUUUU